AUGGAAGAGCCGCAGGACCAGAGAGAGUCCACAGAGGAGGAGAGCAUGUCGCUGUCCCCGAACCUGGCCUCCCCCCCUCGGCUGCAGGCCGCGCAGCAGAGCCACAGAAACACCAACUUCUUCAUCGACAACAUCCUGCGUCCGGACUUCGGCCGCAGGAGAGAGCCGCGCUGCAGAGAGAGCCGUGAGAGCCGUGAGAGCCGCGAGCCGCUGUGUGUGGACUCCAACUGCAGCAGCGACAGCAGCUCUUCCUCGCCCUCCUCUUCCUCAUCAACGUCGUCUUCUCCUUUGUCCAAACUGAACUCGUCUAAAGCGGCGGAGGUUCAGACUCACGCCUCGCGCUUCUCGGACUCUGGGUCUCCGGUCCUGGUCUCGGACUCUCCGGUCCUGGUCGUGAGCGGGAACAGUACCGCGUCCCCGCAGCGGGUCAAGGACCAGAACCAGCUGCUGUGGCCCGCAUGGGUCUACUGCACGCGCUACUCGGACCGGCCCUCAUCUGGCCCGAGGACACGCAAACUGAAGAAGAAGAAGAACAGCAAAGAGGACAAGCGGCCGCGCACCGCCUUCACCGCGGAGCAGCUCCAGAGACUCAAAACCGAGUUCCAGACCAACCGGUACAUCACGGAGCAGCGGCGGCAGGCUUUGGCCCAAGAACUCAACCUGAACGAGUCUCAGAUCAAAAUAUGGUUCCAGAACAAACGGGCCAAGAUCAAAAAGGCCACGGGCUACAAGAACGGCCUGGCGCUGCAGCUGAUGGCGCAGGGACUAUACAACCACUCCACCACCACGGUCCAGGACGAGAAGGAGGACAGCGAGUGA